AGCUUAACCCGGUAGUGUUAGACGCCAUGGGGGAUUUGCCAUCUCCUGUCGGUCAGUCCUUUGGCGCCCAGGUGUAUUUGUCCCACAGCUGGACGUUGGCCCCAGUGCGCAGGUGACUGGCGCGAGGACGGGGAGGACCCUCGGGGCCAGGGAGCAGCGCGCGUGCGUACAAUGCUACCACGCGCCGGAAGUCCGUCCCUCUGGCCUGGACCCGCAUGAUGGAAGAACUCCAGUCCCCCGAAGCCGGGCAGGCGGCGCCAGAAGUAGUCAUGGCUACUGAGCCCGCGGCGCCCUCCCUUGUGGAUCGAUACUUCACUCGCUGGUAUAAAGCGGAUGUUAGAGGAAAACCCUGUGAGGACCACUGCGUACUCCAGCACUCCAACCGAAUAUGUGUCAUCACACUGGCAGGAUCUCAUCCUGCUCUUCAAAGUGGCAAAACUAUUAAGAGUAUUUCUUAUCAGAUCAGUACCAACUGUAGCAGACUUCAGAACAAAGUAUCUGGAAAAUUUAAGAGGGGGGCCCAGUUUCUAACAGAGCUUUCACCUCUGUGUAAGAUUUACUGCUCCAAUGGAGAAGAAUAUACCAUAUAUAGCUGUGUUAGAGGUCGAUUGAUGGAAGUUAAUGAAAAUAUUCUUCAUCAGCCAUCUCUUCUUCAAGAAAAGCCAUCCACUGAAGGCUACAUUGCAGUAGUAUUACCCAAAUUUGAAGAAAGUAAAAGCGUAACAGAAGGAUUACUAACACAGCAACAGUAUGAAGAGGUGGUGGUAAAACGCAAUAAUGCCACAACAACUACAUAAUGAGCUUUGAGAUGGAGAGAUGGCACAGGAUCCUCACCCUUCCUGGCCUAAACUGUCAGCUGCACUGAAGAAAGCCAGUAUGUAUGAGCAUUCCUCAUAACCAGGCACAGGAAAAACCUCGUCCUUCACCUAACGUAUUGUCCCCCUUUGUCUUGACAUCACAAGCCUUGGUCCCCAUUUGUAUUCAGCCUCUUCAGUUCUGCCUUGUGCAGGUACUUGCUUUGUGUGUUAGGAAGUGUAAUUGUGGGUGUUCGCUUGCAUAUGUACAGCAGAACACACCUUAAUGCUCUUGUACCUUUUGACAAGGACAGUUUCUCAUUGGCUUGGAACUUUGCCAGAUGGCUCCUGAACUUCCAGGGAUAGAUCUGUCUCCUCUGCUUCCUACCUUGCAAGGCUGGUAUUUGAAGGGUACACCACUGUACCCAGUUUUUAUAUGAGCCUGGAAACCCCAACUCAGGUCUUUGUGCUUUCAAGGUGUAUUAGUUACUUUUCAGUUGCUGUGGUAAAAUACCAUUACCAAAAGCAACAUCCAAGAGUUUAUUUGGGUCUUUAAUUCCAGAGGAAUUGCUUCUUUCCCACCAGGUUGCUGGGAAGAGGUGGGAAUGUGGAGUCUGCCUUCGACUCUACAUAGAAAAGGUUUGAAACAUACAAGGGCUCUUCUGGCAAAUGGGAGAACCACCAUGCUUCAGUGUUAAGCUGGCUCUACAAUGCAUGGUAGUGACUCCAUCCUGCACACUUUAGUGACAGCUAAUUUGAGGUAUCUUAGAGCAAAACAAGAUUUUUACAUUAUCUAAGCUAGAAAAAAAAUAGCUAUGAAGUUGUGGUUUUAGAUUAGGCACAGACACUGAAGACUAGAAAUAAAGGCUUCAAACCAUGAAGUUGUGUUAAGGUUGUAACAUGUAAUGACUGCCAUUGCCCUGUUUUUAAUGAGACAAAAGAAGUGCAGCCAGGCAGAGUUUACUGAGAGUAGCUCCCUAUAACUAGGACGGGAUCAAAACUGAGUUUCUCCUAAAUAAAAGUUUUACGUACAUGAAAA